CUCUCUCUCUCUCUCUGAGCGUUACUCAUGAUAGUGUGUUGCUGAGCAGCAGCCAGUCGUGUUUUUCCCCUCACCGAGCUCACUCUCUCAUCCUCUGCUCCGACUCUCUCGCGCGCUCUUUGGCUCAGCGGACAGACGAGACUCCUCUCCUCUCUUACUCGUCUUCUUCUUUCUCUCUCUUCUUUAUUGCCUCCUCUUCCUUUAUCAGUUUUUUAACAUUUCUCCCCCCCUGUGCCAGGGGCAUUAGUGGGGGUCCCAGAGAGUGUGUGUGUGAGUGUGUGUGUGUUGGGAGGUUUCGGCAUGGAAGCAGUGGCACUGUACACGUUUCGUGCCACAGAGGGUGAUGAACUCAGUUUCAACAAGGGAGACUUACUCAAGAUCACCAACAUGGAGGAUGAUCCUAACUGGUACACAGCUGAGCUGCACAACAGAAAAGGCUUUGUGCCAAAAAACUACAUCAACCUGCGGCCACACGCCUGGUUUGCUGGUCGUAUUUCUCGAGGUGUGGCAGAAAGUCGACUCAGACACAGGGAGUGUGGGGCUUUUCUGGUUCGAGAGAGCGAGAGCGCCCCCGGAGAGUUCUCCAUGUCCGUCAGUUAUGGGGACCAUGUUCAGCACUUCAAGGUGCUGCAGGAUCGUUGCUGUCAGUACUACGUGUGGGACGAGCUCUUCUCCUCUUUAAAUGAGCUGGUGGAGUUCUACCAUAGCAACAGCAUCGCUAAGGAAAGGACCGUCUUCCUGAGAGACCCCGAGCACUUUGCCAGGCGUCCCCAUCACGCCCACGCUCUCUUCGACUUCACCCCGCACCACCCAUCCCAGCUACGCUUCCUGCGAGGCGAUGUCAUCGAACUCAUUGACUGCUCCGAUUCGCUGCGCUGGAGGGGCCGUUGCCACGGACACGUGGGCUAUUUCUCCCCGGAGUACGUCCAGCCCAUUUACCACUGCCAAUGACCUGACCCGUCAAUCAAAAACACAGCCAUUCCCACAGGUUCUUCGCUGAGCCGCCGUGACCCCGCCCCUCACACUGCCCCCCCGCUGUGCACUUGAGAACUGACGAGCUGCAACUUGAACAUGAUGUAACUGACUCCUCCCGUUCCCCCCUGUGAUGCCACCUGUCAAUCACAAGCCUUGACCAAUCAGCUGCAACAGGCUCAUCAAUCGCUUCCACCUGAUCCCAUGACUCCACUUAGUCUUUAAUCAUGUAAAAUAUAAAUGAAUAUGGACCUAUACACUGUGGAGAAAUCACAUACACACACAGACUGACAAACCCACACACACACAUAAUCAUUUAUUAGAGUUUAUCAGCACUGGUGCAGGCUAAAUAAAAGCAACACACUCACCUGGUGAAAGAAGAAACAAGUGUGCAGCCCAUGGGAGGUUGUGGAGGAAGGGCGAGGUUUUUCUCCGCAGAAGAUGAGUCAGGAUUCGCCUCAGUAUUUUGCCGCCGUUCCCACGAAAAGAUCCGGUGAGCUGAGUGGAGACACACAGAGAGUCAUUGUGUUGUGAAUAUUUGGGCCAGACACUCUGAGGAUACUGACACAGCAGAUUCCUGUCCUGCAGCACGGAUGUGUGGGUAAAUGUGGGUCAGAACACAUGUAAAACCUGCAAACUUUAUAUAUGUGUGUAAUGUAUGCUGAAGGAAAGUGAAUGCAUGUGUGUAUGCAUUUGUGUGUGUGUGUGUGUGUGUGUGUGUGUGUGUAGCCCUGUGCUCUGUGGACCAGUAAAAGGAGGUUACUGUGUAAAAGUGACCAGUGAGAUAAAUACUGCCCGGACGACACUUUUUGUUUUAAAAAGACACAGCUUACAAUGUAAUAAGCUCAGUUUAUUAAUCAUUUGUUUGUUUGUUUCCAUGUAUUUAUUCUUAUUCAUGUGUAAUCUUAGAAUACAUAUAUUACAAGUAAGAUAAAACAUUGUAAAAAGGGUUUGUUUCUGUUGCAACGAAUGGUGUCAGAGAAGAAAAAACACAUUUUAUGUGAUUAACAGUAAGAAGUUGGACCGAUCUUCCUUAACAUGUAAUGACAAAUCAUUAAAAUAAAGUGAUACAUUUACCUCUUUGAA